AUGACAGGCGGCGGCAGCUGCGACGUUGAGACCCAAGGUAUCCAGGAGUUUGAGGCUGUUGGCAACCUAAAGUCUUCAAUGAAUUUUAAGCUCACAGUAGAAAUUCGGGAACUUGUAAGGACAAGUGCCAUAUCAGAUACCAAAUCCGCAUACCUAGCAGACAUUUGCGAAGAUAUCUCUGACCAUGUUGAACAAAUCCACGCCCUCCUGGAGACGGAGUUCUCCCUGAAGCUGCUGUCCUACUCUGUCAGCGUGAUCGUGGACAUCCACGCGGUGCAGCUCCUCUGGCACCAGCUCCGCGUGUCGGUGCUGGUUCUGCGGGAGCGCAUCCUGCAAGGCCUGCAGGACGCCAAUGGCAACUACACCAGGCAGACGGACAUCCUGCAAGCUUUCUCUGAAGAGACAACGGAGGGCCGGCUCGAUUCUCUAACGGAAGUGGACGACUCAGGACAGCUGACUAUCAAAUGCUCUCAGAAUUACUUGUCUCUGGACUGUGGUAUUACUGCGUUUGAACUGUCUGACUACAGUCCAAGUGAGGACUUGCUCGGCGGCCUGGGGGACAUGACCUCUGGCCAAGUCAAAGCCACAUCCUUCGACUCUUGGAGCUACAGCGAGAUGGAAAAGGAGUUCCCCGAGCUCAUCCGAAGCGUCGGGUUACUGGCGGUGGCUGCUGACCCCGGCCCUGCCAACGGGGGCGAAGCGGUCAGUGAGGCGGCGUCUCAGGUGUGUGUUUCGGCAGAUGACCAAGGUGGGUGCGAGCAAAAGAACGCUUCCACAGUCGGGGGGCCACCGGGCGUCAUGCAGGGGGCGUCAGCUUCCGCGGAGGCUCGGACGAAGACGGUGCAGCCCUCCCCGGGGCCUGCGAAGCAAGAAGCCAACCCCUCCUCCCGACUGGGGGCGAAGGACCCACAGCCUCUCCCUUGUGAACAUGCAACCCCCAAGCGAUCCAUCAGAGACUGCUCCAAUUACAACGAGGACUCCCCCACACAACCCACGCUGCCGAAAAGAGGGCUCUUCCUUAAAGAGGCAACGUUUAAGGACCGUCUGAAAGGCACUGACGGAAAGAAGCAGAUGGCUGCCCUCAAGCCCGAGAUGAGCAGAAGCACCCCUUCCCUGGCGGAGCCCCGGGACAGGUCCAAGCUCUGCCUGGCGCUGCAGGCGUCCUACCCCAACGCGCCGUCUGCCGCCAGCCAGUCCUACGAGUGUCUGCACCAGAUGGGGGUUGAGAAUCUUGAAAAUACCGUCAACAGUCACAUUAAAGAAAUCUCCUCCAGCCUGGGAAGGCUUAAUGAUUGCCAUAAAGAGAAAGCUCGACUUAAGAAGCCCCCCAAGACCCCAGAAGAGGUGCCUCCGUGCCCAAAUCCUAAAGAUGGAACCGAUUCGGGCAAGCACCCCGAAAACACAGGGCGCUCCGGAGUGCCGAAUGGAGCUCCUCCUCGUGCGCCCGAGGCCACCGCGGGGCCAGAAACAGAUUCUGCUCCUACACCCUCCCCCGAGCCGGGUCAUCGGAGAGGUAGCAAUGCCAAGUUCCCAGAGCAGUCGGAAACUUCCAGCUCACCGCCUUUUACUCAAAGCAGUGGCUCCCCAGUUGGCUCAGACAGUAUCCUGCCCCCGGUACCUCUUCUUUCAAAACACGAAAGCAAAGAAGGUCGCUCCUCCUCCCCCAGUCACGUCACAAGGAACGGCCAGGUGGUGGAGGCCUGGUAUGGCUCCGACGAAUACCUGGCACUGCCCUCCCACCUGAAGCAGACAGAAGUGUUAGCUUUGAAACUGGAAAACUUAACGAAGCUUCUGCCCCCGAAACCCCGAGGAGAAACCAUUCAGAAUAUUGAUGACUGGGAACUGUCCGAAAUGAAUUCAGAUUCCGAGAUCUAUCCAACAUACCAUGUCAAGAAGAAGCAUGCGAGGCUAGGCAGGGUGUCUCCAAGCUCAUCCAGCGACAUAGCGUCUUCGCUGGGGGAGAGCAUUGAAUCUGGGCCCCUGAGCGACAUCCUGUCCGACGAGGAGCUGUGUAUGCCUCUCUCUGGCAUGAAAAAAUACAUCGAUGAGAAGUCGGAGAGAGCUUCCUCUUCUGAGAAAAACGAGAGCCAUUCCGCCACGAAAUCUGCUUUAAUUCAGAAACUUAUGCAGGAUAUUCAACACCAAGACAACUAUGAAGCCAUAUGGGAAAAAAUAGAGGGGUUUGUAAACAAGCUGGAUGAAUUCAUUCAAUGGUUAAAUGAAGCCAUGGAAACCACAGAGAAUUGGACACCCCCUAAAGCAGAGACGGAUGGCCUUAAACUGUACCUGGAGACACACCUGAGUUUUAAGUUGAAUGUCGACAGUCACUGUGCUCUCAAGGAAGCUGUGGAGGAGGAAGGGCAGCAACUCCUCGAGCUCAUUGCGUCUCACAAAGCAGAAGGACUAAAGGACAUGCUGCGGAUGAUCGCGAGUCAAUGGAAGGAGCUGCAGAGGCAAAUCAAACGGCAACACAGCUGGAUUCUCAGGGCUCUGGACACCAUCAAAGCUGAGAUUCUGGCUACUGAUGUGUCUGUGGAGGAUGAGGAAGGGACUGGAAGCCCCAAGGCUGAGGUUCAGCUCUGCUACCUGGAAGCACAGAGAGACGCUGUGGAGCAGAUGUCCCUCAAGCUGUACAGCGAGCAGUACGCCAGCAGCAGCAAGAGGCAAGAGGAGUUCGCCGAUAUGUCAAAAGUUCAUGCAGUGGGAGGCAAUGGGCUUCUGGAUUUUGAUUCAGAGUAUCAGGAGCUCUGGGAUUGGCUGAUUGACAUGGAGUCCCUCGUGAUGGACAGCCACGACCUGAUGAUGUCAGAGGAGCAGCAGCAGCAUCUUUACAAGCGAUACAGUGUGGAAAUGUCCAUCAGGGAUCUGAAAAAGACAGAGCUGCUUAGUAAGGUGGAAGCUUUGAAGAAAGGUGGCGUUUCACUACCAAACGAUCUCCUUGAAAAAGUGGAUUCAAUUAAUGAAAAAUGGGAACUGCUUGGGAAAACCCUGGGAGAGAAGAUGCAGGACACAAUAGCGGGGCACAGCGGGGCGGGGCCGCGAGACCUGCUCUCCCCAGAAAGCGGAAGCCUGGUAAGGCAGCUGGAGGGCAGGAUCAAGGAACUGAAGGGGUGGCUGAGAGACACAGAGCUUUUCAUCUUCAACUCCUGUCUGAGACAAGGAAAGGAAGGAACAAUGAACGCCGAGAAGCAACUGCAAUACUUUAAGUCCCUCUGUUGUGAAAUCAAGCAGCGGCGGCGUGGCGUGGCCUCCAUCCUGAGAUUGUGCCAGCAUCUUCUCGAUGACGGGGAGACCUGCAAUCUCAACGCAGACCACCAGCCCAUGCAGCUGAUCAUUGUCAAUCUUGAAAGAAGGUGGGAAGCCAUCGUCAUGCAAGCCGUCCAGUGGCAAACACGCCUACAAAAGAAGAUGGGCAAGGAGUCUGAGACUUUGAAUGUAAUUGAUCCGGGCUUGAUGGACCUAACCGGGACCAGUGAAGAUGCCCUGGAGUGGGAUGAAACGGAUAUAAGUAACAAGUUAAUUAGUUUGAAUGAAGAAUCAAAUGACCUUGAUCGAGAACCCCAACCUGUCAUGCCUUCCUUAAAACUCGAAGAGACAGGCAGUGAGGACCCUGGUUAUGAAGAAGAGGCAGGUGACCGCGGGGGAUCUCAGUAUGCCUCCAGCAUUACCGCCCCCUCCAGCCCGCACAUUUACCAAGUAUACAGCCUCCACAACGUGGAGCUCUAUGAGGACAACCACAUGCCAUUCCUGAAAAGCACUUUGAAGCUCACCAGCGUGACACAGCCCACUGCUUUGACUAAGAGUCUCAGUAAAGACUCCUCAUUUUCGUCCACCAAAUCUCUGCCGGAUCUUCUAGGCGGUUCCAAUUCGGUGAAGCCCUGCCCGUGCCACGGGGGAGACCUGAGCCAGAAUUCAGGCAGCGAGAGUGGCAUCGUCAGCGAAGGAGACACUGACACCACCACCAACUCGGAAACGUGCUUGCCCAAUGUGGUGGAUGGGUCCCCGACGAACCCUGAAGCUGAACAUCUGGACCCACAAAUAGGAGGUGCCAUUAACAUGUUAAAGCAGAAAUUUAAAGAUGAGGGGGAAGCCGUUAAGCUUCCAAAUAGCUCUCAGUCACCCAUUUCACCAGUGGGUCGUGUAAAUGGAAAAGUUGGAGAUUCAAACAGUGUUACCAAACAUACCCCCGAUUGUUUGGGAGAAGAAUUACAAGGAAAACAUGAUGUGUUUACAUUUUAUGAUUACUCAUACCUCCAAGGCUCGAAACUCAAAUUACCAACGAUAAUGAAACAGUCACAAAGUGAAAAGGCACACGUAGAGGAUCCCCUGCUUCAUGGCUUUUAUUUUGAUAAAAAGUCCUGCAAAUCUAAACAUCAAGCUACAGAGUUACAACCAGAUGCACCUCCCCAUGAAAGGAUUUUGGCAAGUGCAUCCCAUGAAAUGGAUCACAAUUCAUACAAAAGUGGUGAUGCAGAGAAGACAUUCACUGGCAUGCAGAAUGCCAAACAGCUCUCCCUUUUAUCCCAUAGUUCCUCUGUGGAGUCCCUUUCUCCAGGGGGUGAUUUAUUUGGAUUGGGCAUCUUUAAAAAUGGCAGUGACAGCCUCCAGCGAAGCACUUCUUUAGAAAGUUGGUUGACAUCCUAUAAAAGCAAUGAAGAUCUUUUUAGCUGUCACAGCUCUGGGGACAUAAGCGUGAGCAGUGGCUCAGUUGGUGAACUGAGUAAAAGGACAUUAGAUCUCCUAAAUCGUUUGGAGAAUAUCCAGAGCCCCUCAGAGCAAAAGAUAAAGCGAAGUGUUUCCGAUAUCACUCUUCAAAGCAGUUCCCAAAAGAUGUCUUUUACUGGCCAGCUGUCACUGGACAUAGCAUCUUCUAUCAAUGAAGACUCGCCGGCAUCUCUCACGGAACUUAGCAGCAGUGAUGAGCUCUCUCUUUGCUCAGAGGAUAUUGUGUUACACAAGAACAAGAUCCCGGAAUCAAAUGCAUCAUUCAGGAAGCGCCUGACUCGCUCAGUGGCUGAUGAAAGCGAUGUCAAUGUCAGCAUGAUCGUUAAUGUCUCCUGCACUUCUGCUUGCACUGAUGACGAAGAUGACAGUGACCUCCUCUCCAGCUCGACCCUCACCUUGACCGAAGAAGAGCUCUGCAUCAAAGAUGAGGAUGAUGACUCCAGUAUUGCCACCGAUGAUGAAAUCUAUGAAGAAUGCCACUUGAUGUCAGGGCUGGACUAUAUAAAGAAUGAACUGCACACCUGGAUUAGACCAAAGCUUUCCGCGACCAGAGAUAAGAGACGGUGUGAUCUCAGUGACGAAAUAAGGGGCGGUAAGGAUAUAAGUAGCAGUGAGAUGACCAAUCCCUCUGAUACCCUGAGUAUCGAGGCCCUUCUGAAUGGCUCCGGAAAACAUCUCCCUGAAAAUAAUGGAAACGGUAAGAAUGUAUCCCACCUCCAUGAGUCAGGAACAAAGGGUGAAAAUAAGAAAAACAUUUUCAAAGAUCCGUAUGUGGCUGACAUGGAAAAUGGCAACGUGGAAAGUGCUCCAGAAGGACAGGAGGACGAACUUACCGGGCUAUCCAAGGAAUCAGAAAACCUUGGUUCAGCCGGGAAAAGGGUUUCAGAGAGUGAGCACUGUAAGUGCAGAGCAGCCGUGGAUGGCUCAGAUGAUCCCCACAUUGCUGGAAAGGAAUCUGUCUGCCAAACUGUUAGACAUCUUCCAAAGAACUGUCAAAACCACCACCACUUCGGAAAUCAAAGGGCUGCUUCUACUCCCCCUGAGAAGUCCUGCUCAGAGCUGCCUUCAGAGACCGGAGUUAUCAAUAGACAGGACAACAAUGUCCUGACGUCUUCAUGGAACGAUGGACUCGGUGUGGCCGGAGCACCUGCUGGUUGCUGCCCAGCACUUGAGCAAAAUGAAACAGAGGAAAAUGCCUCUGUUGGUGACCACACUUCCUGCUGCGGCUGCGAGCCGGGCAUUCUCCACCAGAAAGAGGCUGAAGACUGCUCAGUGCAUGACUUUGUUAAGGAAAUCAUCGACAUGGCGUCCACUGCCCUCAAAAGUAAGUCUCAACCUGAAAACGAGGCGGCUGCUCCUACUUCAUUGACUCAGAUCAAGGAGAAAGUGUUAGAACAUUCUCACCGGCCCAUCCACCUGAGAAAAGGGGACUUUUAUUCCUACUUGUCCCUGUCAUCUCAUGACAGUGAUUGCGGAGAGGUCACCAAUUACAUAGAAGAGAAGAGCAGCACCCCUUUGCCCCUGGACAUGACCGACUCUGGCCUAGACGACAAGGAAGACAUUGAGUGCUUCUUUGAGGCCUGUGUUGAGGAUGACCCCGCUGGAGAGGAGCCCCAUUUCUCCAGUGACCCUCCAAAGGAGCCUGCAGCUGGCGGUGACACUGCCAGGCCAUUACCAGCAGCCCCGGGCUCCGCUAGGUGCAGUGACAGUUCUCUCUUAGCUGAUGAUGCAGACACCGUGGCUCUCACAAGUCCUCCCCCUCAGAAAGGGUCUGACGCUGGACAGGAAGUGGAUGGUUCACCCCAGGCUUCCAGUGUCUGUGGGGGAAGCUCAGCAUCAGCGACUCCUUCCAGGCAGCGCAGUGAAAAAGGAAGUUCAGAAAACCCAGGAGCGACUGGAAUGCCCGAAGAACACGAGGCUGUUUCAGCCAAACCUGGAGCCCCUGGGCUCACCUCAAAGGCAAAGCAGUCUAAAGUCAAGGCUGCUCUGCAUCCCAGCCCCGGAACUCUAACCUGUGAAGAUGGUCUAAACCUUGAUGAAGAACGACAUAGAAAUAUGCAUCGGUAGAAUGGAACCUGCUCCAAGCAUGAAAAUCAUCUCAUUGAAAGAUAAGCCUGGCUGCAACUCAGGGGUGGCCUCCUACUCCCACCCCAGGCUGGUCUCUCCCAUCACGUCACUGCCGUUUGUUACACGGACCUCCCCCAAGAUGACCCUUCCAAAUGCGGUUUGUCCACAUGGCCUUGUAGCGGAUGUGUGCCCUGGUCCUCGUAGGUGACUGUCUCUGAAGUUCAGCAAAGCUGCUUGCUCUCCCACGGAUUCCUGUCCCAAGCUACCUCUGCCAACCCCGCCUCUCCAGAAAGACUUUUCUGUUUGCCUCCUCCCCUCCCUGUCUGCUCUUAAAGCCCUGCAGCUCACCAAAUUGAUGGUCCAUUACAUUCACCUGUCUGGAAUGAGCCCCUGCGAGCACUUGACCAAUUUCAUGUUUCAGUAUGAAUUCUUUUGUAAUGCUAUGAUGCCUCUGUUUAUUGAAAGAGUUUUACCUAAAAGGGCAACGUUCGAUUUGAUUGCAGCGUAGAGAAGAAACCCUGGUUUUUCUUUCAAGAUUGAGCAACUUUGGAAAGCACCGUUUUAUUUAUUUUCUUUUAAAAAUAAUAAUCUAUGCAGCACUUCAGGAAACAACUCUAUGGUGUUGUAUAUUAUAAACUGGUGACAUUCUAUUAAAUUAUGUACAACAUUUUUUUUUUUUUAUGCUU